AACACUGCUCCAGACAAUACGAAACUGCAGUACCCAUUUAUCAGAGUAACCAGGUGAAACAAUAGAGAUGAAAUCGAUUAUCAGCUUAUUCGUAGUGCUCCUCUGCAUCAGUCAGUGUUUCACUUUGGAAUGCAGGACGUGUAAAGGUGCCAGCUGUUUGAAGGAAGAUAUUCCGUUAGUGAAAUGCGGAAGCACUGAAAUCCCAAAACUGCCAGCUUCCUUCGUCUCCAAGGCAGUGACGGCGAGGGGAGGGCAGUACCAGUGCAUCGAAGCUGAGUACUCCAAUGGUAGAACCAACUACAUGAUCAAGCAGUGCGACGACAUUCUUGCCGUGGAGGAAGACAUCGAAGAGAAAAAACAAGAUGUAUUCAGUGAAGAUAAUGUGAUUUUGUUCAAUGGAGUCAGGAAUAAUGAAGAACUUUUGGAAGAGGGUAGUGGCGACCCGUCUCCAGGUGAUGGCGGUGCUGGUUCUAUUAAGGCGUGGUCGGCUGUAGUGAUUCUAUUAAUUGCGUACUUGCUGAUGUAAUUGUUGUAGAGAGUUUAAGUUAUUUAUUGUAAUAAAUAAAAUUUUAUGUGUGAA